GAGAAAGGGAGAUAACUGAGAACACAAUUUGUAAAAAACACAGGACUUCAGUUCAGGUUUAUUUGUAGUAAAUGUACACAGAACAAGCUUCACAAGUUAUGUGGCACCUAAGAUAGAUGUAUGGCAUCUACAGACUGUGGUUAAAAUGAAACAAGACAACUAUGUUCUGAUGUCAAUAAUUGUUCUUUUCUGUCCAGUUCUGGUAUCAACAAAUAAAGGCAAAUCAAUAAAAGUUGAAAAUUUACCAGAAUGGCAACAAGUAUUUAUUAACUACACCACAUGGAAUGGACAGUACAUUUAUAAUAAAACAUCAUAUGCAUGUCGUAUGGGCAUACACUCGGUAAAUGGUAAUGUUACAGCAUCACUGGUGGACAGUGCUACACAUAUAGACCUGACAGGUUACUCAGUUUUUGGUAAAGUGAUAUUUAACAAGACAACAACUUACCAAUCAAGUGAGAGAUUUUCAGGAUCAUUCCAGCUUGCUGGUCAUUUACAGUGGGUACCUAGUCAUAAAUACUGGAUGUAUACAGCAAAUGUUACCAUACCAACAGAAAAACCUUUUUCACUGUUCAAGUUCAUGAGUAAUACAGAGAAAACAACUAUAGAAUCAGAAAGUUCAAGAACUACAUCUAUAGUUUUAGGGAUUGUGUUUUCAUUGGCCAUCUUAGGGGUUGUUCUUAUGGCGGGUUCAAUGAUAUGGUCAUACAGAAAAGGACUGCUACGACAUAUUCCUCUAAGUUAUAGAACAUUUAAAAAUCCUAAAGAAGAAAGAAGAGCCUCCUUUGAUUCCAGAGAGGAAACAGUACAUAUAUGAUACAGUGCAAUGUUAGAUAACCCACAGAUACUUCUAUCAUAUCUACACUAUAAAGUGCAAUAUUUUUUUGAAAGAUCAGAACCAAAGACAAGAAUAGCCCAAAAAUAAAUCUUUUGAACAGGUUUGGGCCUUGAAAUCGCCAAAUUUAUACCUUGUGAAAUUAUCAACUUUACAGUAACCUGAAAUAGGUGGAAACAGUACUUGAUAUAAUACAUGUAUAUACAGAAAAGUGUUUCAGACACAUGCAAUGAGAUAAAUUGUUAUUUACAUUUAUGUGUAAACAUGGUUAAUUCUGAUUAAAUUUGUAUUAUUAUGGACAUUUUCAUCUCUCUGUAACAAAUUACAACACUUAAGUCCUUAUUUAUACAUGUUGUAAAUUCACUUUAAUUCAUUUCAAAUUAGUUUUUUUUUUUUUUUUUGGUGUAGCAAAAGAUACAUUUACAUACAAAUGAAGAAAAACCACUUAUACUUAUGAGUUAUUUUGAGAUUGGAAAUUGAAAACAUGUGAACCCUUAUGAUUAAAUUAAUGUUAAAAUGGUUAUAACACAGAUAUUUAUUUAGGAAUACUAAAGCUAUCUUACUCUUAUUUGGAGAGAAAUUGUGUAAAUACACAGUUAGUUUAUUUCAAAAAUUAGUAUAAAGGUUUAAAGUGUGUUAAAGUAAAUGAACCAAUUUAUGAUUUGUAGGCAGGGUCCGUUCAAUUUUGGGUUUUAUUUUUGUUGACUUGCUUCUCCUCUAAUUAUUGUUGUAAUAUAUAAAUAAAAAUACCCAAAUAAACCAAGUUCAUCUGAACAGUAAAAUGUUUUUAAGAGUUGUUAGAAUUAUAGCAAUUUUUAAAAGUAUUUAAUUUGAGGUAGAUGCAGCACUGUUCUGACAUUUAACCCCCCCCCCCCCCCCCCCCCCCAGAUUUGUUUAGAAACCGUUAAAGCAAUUGAGAAUCAUUGUUGAGAACAGGUGUAUAAAUGCUACUGAACACUCUAAAAAUAACAAAACAGUCUUAAUUAACUGCAAGUAAAUUGUCUGAAGAGUACUGAAUUAGAUACAAAUGGAAAUGUAUGGUAACUGUUUGAUGAACUAAAUGCGAUUUACAUUUGUUCAGAUUUUUCAGAUCAGUUUAAAACUUGUUUGAUAAAGGGAUGGUUUAUAUUUUUAUUACAUAUGACCAUUGAUUAGUUGCAUACCGGUACUAUAGAAAUACCAAAAAGUUGUAAAAAAUUAGUAAAAAUGUAAAUUGUUGUGAACAUGUACAUGUAUACCAAAAUGCUUUUUAACUCUUUUAUCCUUGUAAUGAAAAAUAUGUAACAUUUAUGCUAAACAUAUAGUGAAAAAAGGAUGAAAAUAUAUAUCACAGAGAAUUAGUUUCUUUUUUAACUGUACAGAUAUUUGUUAACACAUGUUUAGACUUAGGCAAAAAGUAUUAAGUUAAGAGAAAUACAAUUACAUUCUAUAGAUCAGUUUAUUAUGACCAUGGAAGUAUUAUAUUGACAGGAACUCCAACAAACCGACUUCAAAUGUUUAUAGUGCGAUGCCGCAAAUUCGUUAAGUAUCUGUUAAUUGACUCGACGUCAUAUCGCAAUGCAUGGGUUCAAUAAAAUUUUUGGAACUUCGUCAUUGAUCGUAAUUACGGAAUAUACCGAAUAACCGGGUGUGUACUUAAUUGUCAAGGAAAUAUGUCAGUUUCUACGGGUUUUGCUGCGUUAAAACAAAUAAAGAAAAAGAAAAGAAAACCCCUUGACUGUUUUCACAAAAUAUUCGUAAGGGUUACGCGGAACCCAGUGUCUCGCCUACUUUUGCUGUUAGUCGCAGGUGCAUCAAAAAUGGGGAAAUAAUUAUUAAAAAUUUUCCUCUAGAUACUAUCUUUUGAGUGUAAGAAGCUUCUGUUCAAGUUUGGUAAGAAUCCAGGAUGGUUUAUGAAUCUAAUAAAUGUUUUAAAAACUUUAACUGCAGGCUGUAUGUAAUGUUAACUGGAAGAAAAACUAAGUCCAUUAAUAAGUAAUAUACGGAAAAACAGGAAUUUUUUUUUUACAAAAUGUCCUUCUAGAUACUAGCUUUUGAUCUUAAACAAGCUUCUGUCCAAGUUUGGUACAAAUCAAGGAUAGUUUAAGAAAGUUAUUAAAAUUUUUAAACUUUAACCACAGAGUGAAUGUAAUGUUAACUGGCAGAAAAACUAAGUCCAUUUAUAAGUAAAAUACGGAUAAACAGGAUUUUUUUUUUAACAAAAUUUACUUUUGAAUACUAUCUUAUGAUCAUAAACAAGCUUCCGUCCAAGUAUGGUACAAAUCCAGGAUAGUUUAAGAAAGUUAUUAAAAUUUGAAAAACUUUAACCACAGAGUGAAUGUAAUGUUAACUGGUAGAAAAACUAAGUCCAUUUAUAAGUAAAAUACGGAUAAACAGGAUUUUUUUUAACAAAAGUUACUUUUGAAUACUAUCUUAUGAUCAUAAACAAGCUUUUGUCCAAGUAUGGUACAAAUCCAGGAUAGUUUAAGAAAGUUAUUAAAAUUUGAAAAACUUUAACCACAGAGUGAAUGUAAUGUUAACUGGCAGAAAAACUAAGUCCAUUUAUGAGUAAAAUACGGAUAAACAGGAUUUUUUUUUUACAAAAUUUACUUCUGGAUACUAUCUUAUGAUCAUAAACAAGCUUCUGUCCAAGUUUGGUAGAAAUCCAGGAUAGUUUAAGAAAGUUAUUGAAAUUUGAAAAACUUUAACCACAGAGUGAAUAUUUGUGGACGCCCCCGCCACCAACGACGACGUUGCCGACAACGGAAUGUAGGAUCGCUAUGUCCCGCUUUUGCGACUAAAGUCGCAGGCUCGACAAAAAUCUGAAGGGUUACUUGCAAGUCAUGAAUGAACAUUUCAGUUUUAGUUAAAAUCAAUUUUAAUCGUAAGAUUUUUAUUCAUGAGAGGUCCGCUGACCGAACAUGCUCAUAUACAUGAAGAUUACUGCUAACUUUGACAGAUAAUUUAGUUAAGUGUUUACUGAAUGUAGAAUGCCAAAAUAUUUCAUGAAUUUUCAACAAAAAUUUUAAUUCAAAAUUUUGGUUCCCUGUAUUUGAUUCGGGGUUUGGGGGUGUGUUUAAGGGCUUUGAUCGAAAAAAAUAUCAUAUUUUGGCAUAAUGAAAAAGCGCAUGGGCAAUCAUACCAUAUCUCCUUAUUUUGAUAUUGGCUUGAAUAACAAUAAAUGUCUCGUGCAAGGGUAAAAAAGUUGCAAUCUGCAUCUAUAAUUGAUGUUUACUGCUAACUUUGACAAAUAGUUUGAUUAAUUGUUUACUGAAAGUCCAAUGGCAAAUAUUUCAUGCAUUUCAACAAGAAACAAAAACAUGAAUUGUUUAACAUACGUUGUAAGAUGUUUUAGAACUUUUAAGCAUUUUUACACACAAAUAAAUCUAAUUUGGUUCCCAUGAUAAAAUCUUUUAAAGAACAAAUAAAUAUUAUACUGCUUAGGACCCAUCAUAAUGAUCGUUCUUGAAAUGCAUAAAGACAUAUUUGAAGUUGAGCUAUUCUUAAAAAAAAACUGUCAGACGUGAGAGCAAUCUCGGACUAGGUUGAACGUUGUUUUUAUCUUUUGAAUUAUUACAAAAGGUGUAAUAUGUUAUCUGUCUCGUAACCUGAUAUAUGCUAUGUAGAGUUCAUCAUGUGCGUGUAAUUAUUAACCUCUAUUAGUUUUUAAAACAUAUUUGAUAAAUAAGUUUGAUUUAAGAAAUAAUUCAUGGAAGCCAUAAAUUUGUUAUAUUAAAAUACAUUCUUCUACAUUAAUUGAGACGAUAGAGAAAACUAUAAAUAUUUUUGUAACACUCGAUAAAAAAUUCACAACCUUUAACUUGAAAUUUGAGUCAUCCUUCGCCAUCCUCCACACUACACGCGAAUCACAUUAUUUUAUGCAAACACCCUACUUCAGGUACAUGAUUUCUUUGAGAAAAUAAAAGGUUCCGACUCAGUUUGGGAUGGGAAUGUACUCAUUUUUCGUUGGAGUUCCUGUCAAUAUAAUACUUCCAUGUUAUGACAUACAUUAUAAUUUUAUACAUUAGAAUAAUUAUGACAUAUACACUUCUAAUUGUCAUGUAUAUAUACUAAGAUAUUCAGGAAAAAGAAAUUAUGUUGCAUCAGUAAACACAUUAAGUUGUAUUUUCAUGAGGAUCAUAGCUUUGCUGUACUUGCCCAAUAUAUGUAUUGUUACUUCAAAACUUAGGUGCAAAAAUUGAUUGUACUAUAAGUACCAAUAAUAUUUCAGACUUGUUAAGAUAUAUGGAAUAAUUACAUUUUUGUUUUUGAUACUGACUUCAUCAGCAAGAAAAACAAGCAAGUCUUUCAUUAUCAACACAUAAGACUCCAUUAUUUUUGAUCCCUAAUUUGUCAUAUUGUUUCUUUGAGUAAAAUAUAAAAUCAAGUUGUCAGAAAUUCUGUUUGCACAUACAAAUGUUGCCACAGUUGUUUGGUAGUAUGAUGUCACAUUUAUUGAUAAACUGAUGUGGGUAGACUUGACAAAUGGCUGCAUUUUUACAGUGAAAUAUUAUUGCCUUCUAUGUUUAAGUCCUUUCUGUCAUUUAAAGAAAAAUAUGACAGUAGGAUCAAAGGUAAAAUGUACAAAGUGCUGAUAAAAUAUGGUUUUGUGCUUUAGAGUAGUAAGCUUACACGAUUUAUUAUUUUUUAAUUUAUGCAAUAUUUUUAUAUUUAUUUUUGUAUAUGAUUUGAGUUUAAAGGUUAUCAGAUUUUGUCUACCACAGUCUGAUUGUAGGUCUGCUUGUCACAUAGUAAUGACUUCAAUGUAAACUAGUGCAUUAUAUAUAUAUCACAGGUAAAUCUGAUUGUAGGUCUCCUUGUCACAUAGUAAUGACUUCUAAACUAGUGCAUAAUAUAUACCAGUAUAUUACAAGUAAGAAAAGCAUUUUAUGAAUUGAUACUUCAUGACUGAAGUUUCCAUGUGACUUUUUGAUUCAAUGUCCCAAUUUUUUUAUGUGCAUGUUUAUGUUUGAAUUGUGUAUUUUGACUGAUAACUAGUAUAUUAUUCAGUGAUAUAGUACAGGGCAGACAUUUCUAUAUGUCAUUGUUUUGUGAUUUAACAUAAUUGAUCAUUUCAGCGCAGAAGGUCAAUAUUUAUUCGGGUAAUUGGAUAAUUUUGUGGUUUGCUUCCACUAAUGGAUAUUAGAAUUCAAAGACCAUUGAUCAAUCCACAAAGCUUUGUAGUUUACACAGCUGUUGAUUUAUUUUACCAUGUAAUUGUAAUUGUUGUGUAUCUUUUUAGGAAUAUUUUGCUCUGUACACAUAGGGUACAUGUAGAUAUACUUUACUGAGAAAAUGUUACUGACUGUGAUUGUUUUAACAUUCCUUUUAGAAUUGUUUGAUUAUUAUUUUUUUAUAUUAUGAAUCUCUUUUCAAUGAAAAAAAAACAUAUCUUGUGUUUUAUGCUUUUAUAAUGAAGAUAUUUUUAAAUAAAAUCAUUCUAUUUGA